UAAACGGGUAUGUUGGCAAUCCUUGUAGGAAAGAGUUGUGGCUAAACGUAAACAACCUCGUAAAAUCGUUACCGACUAUAAUAGUGACGUUUUGUUCGUGAUUGUUUAUGCUUUUAUAAUGAUUUAACCAGUUUAAUAUACGGCAACAGUAUUUAUGGUGUUUUGUGAUUUAUUUAUUAAAUGAAGGAUUAUAUAACAUACCUAUAACUGACACAAAAAAAUAAGAGAUGGCGUCGCCGUCGCCACAAAACAGUCCUAUGCCUCCGCCACAGGCGCCGAGUCCAAUGGGACCACCACCUCAAAGUCCUGCUCCUCCCUCUCCCCACAGUCCUUAUCAAGUUCCUCCAGGUCCUCCUCAGCAACAGUUUGGAAAUACUUAUGGUGCACACAUGCCAAUGGGUGGAGAGCAUAUGCCUCCACAUUCGCAAGGUCAUCCUGGAGGACCACCGCCAGCACCUCCACCGGGUCAUCCUGGAGGACCCUCUCAAGGAGGACAUUCAGUCCAUCAAAUGCCUCCAGGAGGCCCCCCACCUCAUGGACACAUGCCCCCACACCAAGGACCACCUGGACAUCCACAGCAUGGUCCUGCUCCUCCAAAUGGAGGAUAUCCCACACAUCCAAGUGGUCCUCCAAUGGGGCAGGGACACCCACAGGGUGGACCCCCACCCCAACAUGGUCCAAACAAUAUGCAAUCGGGACCAUAUCAGUCUCACCCAUUACCAAUGGGACAUCAACAGAGACAGAAUACUUCAUCUCCAGGUCCGCAAGGAAUUCCUUCAGGUCCAACUAGACCACCUGGUCCAGAUAACAUAAAUGCUUUGCAGCGGGCUAUCGACACUAUGGAAGAAAAAGGUAUGCAAGACGACCAACGCUACUCGCAGCUUUUGGCGUUAAGAGCUCGUUCUGCCGGCAACUCUGUUAUAAGUCAGCUACAAAUGACUCAAUUGCGCAAUCAAAUCAUGGCAUACAAGUAUUUGGCCAGAAGCCAACCAUUGCCACCUCAACUGUCUAUGGCUCUCCAGGGCAAAAGACCAGAAGGCAGCCCCACUCCACCAGCAAGUUCAUAUCCACAAGGUGGACCACAGAGUGAACCAUUAUCAGGGGAUAUUGGUGAUUCAAAUUCAAUGACCUCAGGUCAAUUUCAAGGUCAAGGUCCUCAGGGUGUUAAGCCUGGAUUACCUGGAUCGAACCAGCUUGGUGGCGCACAAGGUCAACAGACUGGUCGAGGACAGCAAAUGGUCGGUAACAAGCAAACUCGUAUCACUUCUUUGCCAAAGCCUGUUGGCAUAGACCCUGUUCAUUUACUGCAAGAAAGAGAAAAUAGAGUGGCAGCCCGUAUAGCAGCAAGAAUAGAUGAAGUAAGCAACUUGCCAACGGACAUGUCUGAAAAAUUGCGCAUCCAGGCCCAAAUUGAAUUGCGCGCCCUAAGAUGUCUUAACUUUCAAAGGCAAUUAAGAAGCGAAAUUAUAAAUUGCAUCCGCAGAGAUACUACUUUAGAGACAGCGGUGAACAUUAAAGCAUACAAACGUACAAAGCGACAGGGGCUUCGCGAGGCCAGAGCCACUGAAAAAUUGGAGAAACAACAAAAACUAGAAGCUGAAAGGAAAAGAAGGCAGAAAAAUCAAGAAUUUCUUACUUCAGUUCUCCAGCAUGGUAAAGAUUUUAAAGAAUUUCAUAGAGCAAAUCAACUUAAGUUGGUUAAACUUAACCGGGCUGUCAUUAAUUAUCACGCUAAUGCCGAACGGGAGCAAAAGAAAGAACAAGAGAGAAUUGAGAAGGAACGUAUGCGCAGACUGAUGGCAGAGGAUGAAGAAGGUUACAGAAAAUUAAUCGAUCAAAAGAAAGACAAACGUUUGGCAUUCUUGUUGUCCCAAACAGAUGAGUAUAUAAGCAAUUUAACUGAGAUGGUGAAGCAGCACAAGAUCGAACAGACGCAUAAGAAAAAAGAAGAGGAAAAGCGGAAGAAAAAACAACUUAAACUUGAAUCAGCCAACGAGGAUAGGCACGUAUGUGUCGUGGAAGUUGCUACGGGCAAAAAAUUAAGUGGGGAUGAGGGCCCAAUGCUCAGUCAAGUCCAAGAUUGGCUGCAGAAAAAUCCUGGCUGGGAAAUGAUUGAUUCUGAUGAAGAAGAUUCUGACGAAGAAAAGGAGAAAGAUUCAAGGGAGGGUAAGGAUGAUACGAAUCAAGUAAGGAAAGUCCUUAAGAAAGCCAAGUCAGAAGAUGAUGAGUAUCAUAAAAAUUCCAUUGAAGAACAGACCUAUUACAGCAUUGCUCAUACAGUUCAUGAGAUUGUUACUGAGCAGGCUAGCAUUAUGGUUAAUGGCCAAUUAAAAGAGUACCAAGUUAAAGGCUUGGAAUGGAUGGUUUCUCUUUACAAUAAUAAUCUUAACGGUAUUCUUGCUGAUGAAAUGGGUCUCGGUAAGACCAUUCAAACUAUCGCGCUUAUUACUCAUUUGAUGGAGAGAAAAAAAUUAAAUGGUCCUUUUUUAAUCAUAGUACCUUUGUCCACAAUGUCAAAUUGGGUUUUGGAGUUUGAAAAAUGGGCCCCAUCUGUGGUUGUAAUUUCAUAUAAGGGAUCACCUGGAAUUCGAAGAGUAAUACAGACACAAAUGAGAUCUGCCAAAUUUAACGUUGUACUGACUACCUAUGAAUAUAUUAUAAAGGAUAAAAGCGUUUUGGCUAAAAUUCCUUUCAAAUAUAUGAUUAUAGAUGAGGGACAUAGAAUGAAGAACCACCAUUGCAAAUUGACUCAAGUCUUAAACACUCACUAUUUGGCACCAUACCGUCUUUUAUUAACAGGUACUCCUUUGCAAAAUAAACUACCGGAGUUGUGGGCUCUGCUUAAUUUCUUACUCCCUUCCAUAUUCAAAAGUUGUUCUACUUUCGAGCAAUGGUUUAACGCGCCCUUCGCUACUACUGGAGAAAAGGUAGAAUUAAAUGAAGAAGAAACUAUUCUUAUUAUUCGCCGUUUACACAAAGUUCUGCGUCCAUUUUUGCUAAGACGUUUAAAAAAAGAAGUAGAAUCACAGCUCCCAGACAAGGUUGAGUACAUCAUUAAAUGCGACAUGUCCGGUUUGCAGAGAGUCCUAUACCAACACAUGCAGAGCAAAGGCGUUUUGCUUACUGAUGGUUCUGAAAAGGGCGCUAAAGGCAAAGGAGGUUCCAAGGCGUUAAUGAACACCAUUGUACAGUUGCGUAAAUUGUGCAAUCAUCCGUUCAUGUUCCAAAAUAUCGAAGAAAAAUACUGCGACCACGUGGGUAUCGCAGGAGGCGUAAUGUCCGGUCCUGACACUUACAGAGCGUCUGGAAAAUUCGAACUGCUGGAUAGGAUUCUCCCAAAAUUAAAGCGCACCAACCACAGAGUUCUACUUUUCUGUCAGAUGACUCAGUUAAUGACUAUCAUGGAAGACUACUUAAACUGGAGAGGCUUCCAGUAUCUUCGUCUAGACGGUACAAUUAAGGCGGAAGAUCGUGGAGAUCUGUUAAAGAAAUUCAACGACAAAGAUAGCGAAUACUUUCUUUUCUUGCUUUCCACCAGAGCUGGAGGUUUGGGUUUAAAUUUGCAGACCGCCGAUACCGUUAUUAUCUUCGAUUCUGAUUGGAAUCCGCACCAGGACUUGCAAGCUCAGGAUCGUGCUCAUCGUAUCGGUCAAAAGAACGAGGUCAGAGUGUUGCGUCUAAUGACAGUAAAUUCAGUGGAGGAGCGUAUUUUGGCUGCAGCUAAGUAUAAAUUAACUAUGGACGAAAAAGUUAUUCAAGCUGGUAUGUUUGAUCAGAAGUCGACUGGAUCUGAAAGGCAGCAGUUCCUGCAAAGUAUAUUGCAUAAUGAUGGCACAGAAGAUGAGGAGGAAAAUGAAGUUCCUGACGACGAGACGGUCAAUCAAAUGUUGGCUCGAUCCGAACAAGAGUUUGAACUGUUCCAGAAAUUGGAUCAGGAAAGAAAAGAAGAAGAAGAAAAAUUGGGUACACAUGGCAGAUCACGUUUGAUUCAAGAGGAAGAACUUCCCGAUUGGCUGGUAAAACAUCCUGACGAGGUCGACCCUUGGAUGGAAGAAGAUACUAUUUUGGGUAGAGGAACAAGGCAACGGAAGGAAGUUGACUAUGCCGACAGUUUAACCGAAAAAGAGUGGUUAAAGGCUAUUGACGAGGACGGUGAUUUUGAUGAUGAAGAGGAAGAAGAGGAAAAGGUUAAGAAAAAACGUGGCAGAAAAAGAAAGAAGCGCGAUGACGAUUCUGACGAAGAAGCGGGAACGAGCCAAAGAAAACGCAAGAGUGGUACUGCUGAGAUAAAAUUGAAGAAAAAAAUGAAAAAACUUAUGUCCAUCAUCAUUAAUUACACAGACAGAGAUGAACGGCAACUUAGUGAUCAAUUUAUGAAGUUGCCUUCAAGAAAAGAAUAUCCAGAAUAUUAUUCCAUCAUAAAAAAACCUAUUGAUGUAAAUAAAAUCAUGAAUUACAUAGAAGAUGGAAGAUAUUCAGACUUCAUGGAUUUAGAAAGAGAUUUUAUGCUGCUAUGUCAAAAUGCUCAAAUUUUUAACGAAGAGGCAUCUAUAAUUCACGAAGAUAGCAUUGUUUUACAGUCUGUGUUUUCAAAUGCAAAACAAAAAAUCGAGAAUGAUGAUGAUUCGGAGGAAGAUGAAGCACGCAAGUCUGACAAUGAAACUCCUAAAGGCAAGAAAGUGAAAACUAAAAGAAGACCGGGAAGACCAAAACGAUCUGCUAAAAAAUAUUUAUCGGAUGAUGAGGACGACGAUUAAAGAAUUCUUUUUGUAGACAAGAAGAUUGAAAAUAUGGUGUUUCCGAUAAUUAUAAGGUCAUGGUAAAAAAACGUUUAGAUUAAUAAAUGUUUUCAACAGAACAUUUUAUGUGAAAAUUGUUUAUAGAAUACUUUUUUUGUUAAAUUUAUAUUUAAGAUAUUUUUAUAUUUAAUUUUGGUUCACAUUUUAUAGGCUUUAUAGAUUAUACAAAAUAGUGUUUUCCAUAAUUUUAAACGUUUUAAGAAUACAUGUACCUAUACGAAUAUGCAUAAAGCUUUUUGUCUGAGUAAACCUUUAU